UCUGUGGUCAUGCUAUACAUGUGUAACUUGGCUUUGGUUUCGAAGUACGGAGUUAUUCUUGUGUCAAGGGAAGUAAGAAACAGAAAGGAAGAAACAUUGAGACUGCAGAGGCAGAACCAGAACCACAGUGACAGUGGCCACUAACCAGAUAUAGAUCUACACACUAUUGACUAUUCACUAUUGAAUAGCCCCAUAAAAUACUCGACGGAGAAUACCUUUGAGACGAAAAGACUUGAUCCUGACUAUCCUCUGCUUAUGUGAAUGUUUGGAACUUGAGGCUAAGAUUCUCCAAGGCCAUGCAGCGGUUUAAAGUAUCCCAGGAGUCCGUGGAGACUGCGGUCAGUGUGAUCUUGCGCACUCCAGCUCUGUUCCUCAUUGAGGUUUGGUUUCGCACCAAUCCACACACAACAAUUCAGUUGCAUUCAGAUGAUGUUGAAACUAUAGUGACUGUGGCCUACUAUAUGGCAUUGGUAGUGGCUGUGGCUGUGGCGACGCUACCACUCCGUCACCUGGUCACAUUCUACAUCUACUUGGUCUGCGCUGGCCUCAUGGCAUGUGCCUGUGGGAUAUCAAGAGCAUUUGUAGCUGUGGAGAAACUGGAAUUAGAGCAUGACCUGGAAGCUGCUGAAAAGGAAAAUGCUACCAUGGACAACAGCCUUUCAGCUUUGUUAGAUGACCGCAAGCGUGUUGAACGCAUAGUUUUGCAUGUUUUGGCUCAAGUCUUCAUAGCGGCUGUUGUUGCAUAUUUGAUGGAGAUUGAGAACUGGGUCAAGUUCACCCUGCUUUCCUUUGCUCUCCCAGUGGUGGCUCGGUUGGUAGGCUUCCCUGUAGCAGAGCUCCAUUUGGUGCACAACUUUGCCACUGUCUACACAAUCCUACUAGUUCUCUUCUGUAUCUUCAACAACUUGGGCAACAUUAUCGACACCUGUAAGGAAGGCAUCAACUUUGCUGUCAUCUCAUUCCGUGCUUUUGGCAUUAUUCCUGUAGCCCUGACCUUUUGGCGGACAAUGGCCUUACCUGUGCAGCUGCUUCUGUUUUGGUGGCUGAUGUACCUGUCUCAGCUCUACGUGUACGUCUACUCUGACAACCUGGGUCUGUGGCAGGAGGGCUGGUUGGUUGUCCUCCUGGCCAGUAUGGGUGAGUGUUGUGCCACACCCGUUAGCCUCCUGGCCCUAUGUGUCACCAUCACCUACUCCUCUUGUGCUGUCCUGUGUUUAACCAAGCUCUACUUGCAGGGCCUUGAUGCAUUUGAGCACGAUACCAUGCGGGGCUGGACAGAGGGCUUCACCAUGCUGCUUAUUGCUGUUCAGACUGACCUCUUGGAGCUCCGGCCUUUGCAACGGGCUUUCCUCAUGAGCAUUCUCUUGUUUAUUGUUGUCUCAUCUCUGAUCCAGUCCAUGUACGAGAUUGCAGAUCCUGUGCUGUUGGCAUUAAGUGCCUCUCACAACCCCAGCAUCGUCAAACACGUGAAAGCCCUGGCCCUGUGCCUGCUGCUCUGGGUUUUGCCUCUUUACAUGACCUACUUCAUCUGCCAGUACUUUGACCUGGACUUUUGGUUGAUGGUCAUUGUAUCCAGCUGCCUGCUCACUUCCGUCCAGGUCGGUGGCUCUUUGGUCGUCUACAUGCUGUUCAUGUAUGACUUCAUGCGUGCUGAGCCCUGGGAUAACCUGGAUGACGUCAUCUACUGUGCCCGGGCAGUCACUAGAGUCAUGGAGUUCAUCGUGGCCGUCUUUGUUGUGUGCUUUGGCCUGAAAGAGUCUAUGCUGGGGGAGUGGAGCUGGAUCAACUCUAUCAUUCUUAUUGUCCAUUGCUAUUUCAAUGUCUGGCAGCGGCUGCAGAGUGGCUGGAAAAGUUUUCUUCUUCGCUGGGAAGCAGCAAAGAAAGUGGAGUCUUUGCCAGUUGCGACAGAGGAACAAUUAGCUCAACAUGACGAUGUUUGUGCCAUUUGCUACAGUGACAUGAAGGUGGCCUGUGUGACUCCAUGUGAGCAUCUUUUCCACGGUGUCUGUCUCAGAAAAUGGCUUUAUGUGAAGGAGACAUGCCCAAUGUGUCACAGAGACCUUGCCGGGGGUAACGCUCAGAAUGCAGAAGGUCAAUGGGCAGAGAGACCGCCUCAGGCAGAUCACAAUGAAGGGCUGCGUGAGGAUGAUGACAGGCAACCUGUAGCAGAACUGAACAAGCAGGACUCCUCCGAUAACUCCAGCAGCUCUAGUGGUACUACAGAGUGUGACAGCAUAGAUGCUGACUUAGAAUGUGAUGAGACAGAAUUAGCUGAGGCAGAUCAGUGAUACAUAUCUUUGAGAUGAUUUUGUACAUAUAUGUCUGUGUCAGGAGCAGGCAACCUUUUUGCCAAUGUGGAUAAUGUAUCAUUUUAGUAAGAGAGUAGUGUGCCAAAUAAAUCCUGUUUGGACAGCUGAGAUCCUAGUGUAUGAAUUUAAGUACAAUGUACUUCUUCUAGUCACAUAUGCUAGCCCAAAUGUAAUAUAAGGGAUUGGCUCAGUCUCAAGUGUGGUGUUGCCCAUGGGCUAGUAGGUUGCCUGCUCCUGUUCUACACUCUUCUCUUGGCUGUGAUAAUCAAAGAAUGAACGCCACUAAGCAUGUGAGAUGCUGACUGCAUUCAAGCUGAAGAAGGCCCCUCAUUUUGCUUCAAAAUUAUUAACAUUCUCACCGUAAUAAUUAUUCAAACAUUUUGUGAAGGGAUCACUAAGAUUUUCUUAUAGCCCAGUUCUUUGUCAUUGAAAUAUUAAUGCAUUCACUUUUCAGGUUGUUUUUGUUUGAUCUUUUUUCUUGUUUCAUAUGGUAAUAAGCUGAAUUUUUGUUUAGCUGACUUAAUGUAAGCCGAGCAGGACUGUAUGAAACAAAACGGAUACUGCAGUUGUGUGUUUUCUUGGGAAAUCGUGUAUGUGCUUAACAAAGACAGUGAAUUAUUCAGUCACAAUUUCUUGAACUGUUUGCAGUACAUGUACAAGACAAAAUGAUAUUUAUGAAAGUUUCAGAUAUAAUGAAUAAUAAUGGGACUUUUAUAAUAAUGAUAAUGGGAAUUUACAUACCACCUAAUCCUAAGAAGGCUUUAACCGCUGCUUAAUGUAGCUCUCUAGUAUUAUUAUUAUCUCUUAAAUUAACUGACAAAUCAAGAGACAGAAAGUGCACAUUAUAAACUUAUUUAGCAACACACACACAAACACAAACCCGCAUCAGCGCACACAGCCAGCCACACAUACACACUCACACAAACUCCCAGACCACACACAUUUUCACAUACAAAAUUAAUGGUAGUGGACAGUGUUGAAAUGAAAAAGUGACUUUUUUUAAACUCCCUCUCUCUCUGAUGAUAAUAUAUUAUUAUGCAUUUCUUCUGAACAACUGCAUCAAAAUAUAAUGGGAUUUAUGUGAUGAAAGUGUUGUUUUUAUACCCCAGUCUUUGUUGUUGUUUUUUGUGAUCUCCAGCACUGUCUGGACUCAAAUAGUUGUUAAUUACUACGGUCACAUAAGUAUGUAUAUAUAUAUAUAAUAUUAUAGAUGUGUGAUAUUAUUUUGUCAUAUGAUUUUCCUCUCACUGAAUUUCCCCUGAGGUAAAUAAAGUGAUAAAUCGUCUUGACCAG